GAACAAUUCAAACGGACACUCCACUAUUCCAAUAGUAACCUGCCUACUCAACCUCCUAAGCUGAGAUCCUGCCUAUCUCCAACCCCAUGGAUACGGGUAAAUGGCUCAACAUUACAGAGGAUGAGGAUGAACUUGAGGACGAAUACAUCCUCAGUUCAACGAAAGACACAAUCCUGUUCUGUAUUGACGCAUCACAAUCGAUGCAGUCCCCAAUCGGUUCGAAUGGAGCAGAGGCAGUAGAAAUUGGGAAAAGAGGGAAGCGCGAAAGGCCAAAGAGUCACUUUUACCAGGCCCUCAAAUGCGCUUUGGAUAUAAUGAAAAGAAAGGUCGUCAUUAGCCCAAAUGACAGUCUCGGUAUCCUGUUCUUCAAUACCGCAGAGAAGAAGGGCGAAGUUGUUAUGGCGAACCACUAUCUUUAUCAACCAGUGUCUCAACUGAACUCAGAGAUAAUCACUCGAAUACAAGACUUGAUUUAUGAGGCCGCUGACGACCCGGAAAUACUUACAAAAAAAUUUCAGCCCGUUGGUCCCAGGAUUAAUGUGCCAAUUGGCGACGUAUUCGCCUCGUGCAAUCUCGUUCUAAGGGCAGGAGCACCAAAGACUUCCGUGAAGAGGAUUUUUUUCAUUACUAAUGAAGACGAUCCUAAAAGUUUGGAAGGCCCGGCAACGAAACGGCUGGAGGACUUGGCGGCCCAAGGCAUUGCAAUGGUGCCAUUUUUCAUCAGCACGGAAGAGAAGCCUUUCCUUAUCACGAAGUUCUACUCUAAUGUGCUCUCCAUUGGACUCGAAGAUGAUGGUGCUUCACCCUUCACAUCAGUGUGCGAAGGAUUCGAAGGAGUAAUUAAUGAAAUGCGAGUUCGAGAGAUGCCCAGGCGUGCAAUGUGGAGUAUCCCGUUGGAGAUAGCGGAGGGACUUACGAUCGGAGUGAAAGGUUAUGGUCUUGUUACUGAGCAGAGAAAACCUCAAUAUAAGUACGUUUGGACCCAGGGGGGCACAACAAAGGAGGUCCUAUCUAGAACAGUUUACACUGAUCAGGACCAGCAAACGGAAGUGAAAAGAACUAAGAUAUUCUAUGGUGUUAAGAUGGGUGACGGAGUUGAUUUUGGGUUGGAAGCCUCGCCAAAGCUCGCAAUUGAGGGGGAAGACGACAGUGAAACAGAAGACGAGGACGUAAAGCCAAGUCUAAAGAAUUCAAGAGGACAGGGUCCCAAACCGAAGAAGGUUCUAUUUACAGCCGAGGAAGUUAAGGAGUUCAGGACCAUCGGCCUUUCUCCCGGCGUGAAGAUUUUAGGUUACAAGGAUAAAUCUGAGCUGCAAUUUGAAGACAACGUGAAGCACGCCUACUUCCUCUAUCCCGACGAAUCGAAAUAUAUUGGGUCAACGAGGACAUUCCUUGCGUUGUUGCGGACUCUAGUUGCGAAGGAUAAAAUUGCGAUCGCUCGCGUGGUGAUGCGGAGGAACAUGAGCCCUGCGUUCUGUGCAAUACUUCCCCAGGAAGAAGUGAUUGAUGAAAGUGGCACGCAGAAAGUUCCUCCAGGCUUGAACAUCAUUCAGCUACCCUUUGCCGACGAAAUUAGGGAACCACCCCUAACCCAGUGCUAUCGAGGCUCGGAUGACUUGUCCGACGCCGCCGCUGCGAUCAUCAAGAAGAUGACACUGAAAACCGGCUACCGGCCUGAAGCAUUUCCGAACCCAAGUCUUUCCCUUCAUUACGCAUUCCUGGAGGCAAACGCGCUCGCAACCGAAUUCGAUCCAGAUGCUAUUGAAGACCAUACUCUGCCGAACUACGAUAUGAUUCAUGAGCGCGUUGGACCGCUGAUGAAAGCAUGGGGCGAUCAAUUAGAAAAAGAACGGAAUGCCAAUCUCAUGUUCAAAUCGAGCGCCGCCAAGGGUAAGAAGCGCGUCGCGUCAGAGGCGACGGAGGACGGCCCGGAUGAGACAGAAAUCCGCGCACGAUUUGAGGCAGGAGAGCUGCGCAAGUUAACGAACCCAGUUCUAAAAGCAUUUUUAAAGCAUAAAGGAGAACGGGUGGCGUCCAACGCCACAAAAGACGUCCUAGUUAAGCACGUUACUGCCUGGCUUGACAGCCAUCCGGGGAAUUGAGCCACGCAAUGCACUG